CCGCCAUAAUGGAAACACACAAUUAUGUGGGGAAUCAAGACUGCAAAUGUGGAGUGGGAUUAGCCAAAUCCUGGACGCCAGGUGACUUCAGUACAGAGCCAGGGAGAAUGACCGUUUGGUUACACUGAAAUCCUGUCCAGACACGUCAUCCUGUGUGACCCAGAGAUCUGCUGAGGAGUGAGACACCACGAUUCUGGCAAGUCAUUUACACCUAGAGCGUCUGAGGUUCAGCUGCCAGGCACCCCCUGUGUUCACCCCCAUGUUCCAGGGCAUGAUGCCUCCUGCUGCCCACAUGAACUCUACACAGUCCAUCCAGCCCAGAUUUGCCGCACCCACACCUACCUUUCCUGGGGGUGGAUUGUGUGUCUCUCAGGAGGAGUUAGACAUGGUACUGUAUGGUUAUGCCAAGGGGAAGACCGGCGACCAGUAUCACGGCCAUGCUCUUUCGGGUCUUAGGAUAGGAGACAUCAGUCAUGGCAUUGACCGGAUACUUGGUGGUCAAGUUCAAGUGGGGGUGAAUCAUGUGGCCAAGACCUCACCAACCAUUGUUCUGGAUACAAGUUGCCUGGACCUCCCCGAAGGAGUGGCUAUUUAUCAGACCACAUUUGCAGGAACAAUACACUAUGGAUCUUUUUGCACGAAGACAGUCAUCUGCAAAGGUACGAGAUUCGGCCCGUUCAAGGGUAGAGUGGUGAACACCAGUGAGAUCAAGACUCACGACGACAACUCACUCAUGUGGGAGGUGUUUCAGGAAGGCAAGCUAAGCCACUUUGUGGACGGGCGAGGCAAUGCAGGAAACUGGAUGACGUAUGUGAACUGUGCAAGAUAUGCCCAGGAGCAAAACCUUCUAGCUGUGCAGGUUGAUGGAGACAUCUGGUACGAAGCAUGUAAGGACGUCCCCCAGGGUACGGAGCUGUUAGUGUGGUAUGGGGACUGUUACCUCCAGUUCAUGGGGGUUCCAGUCGCCCUGAAAGAAAUGGCAGACGGUGGAGCCCAGGAAGAGGCAGAUGCCAGUGAGGGGUACCAGUGUGAGCGGUGUGGCAAGGUGUUUGCCUACAAGUACUACCGAGACAAACACUUAAAGUACACCCGAUGUGUGGACCAGGGAGACAGAAAGUACCCGUGCCACCUCUGUAGCAGAUCUUUUGAGAAACGCGACAGACUCAGAAUCCACAUCCUCCACGUUCACGAAAAACAUCGGCCUCAUAAGUGCAUUGUGUGCGGCAAGAGUUUCAGCCAGUCGUCCAGUCUCAACAAACACAUGCGGGUACAUAGCGGCGAGCGUCCAUACAAGUGUGUAUAUUGCAACAAAGCUUUCACAGCCUCGAGUAUACUUAGGACGCACAUCAGACAGCAUUCUGGCGAGAAACCGUUCAAGUGUAAACACUGCGGGAAAGCGUUCGCCUCUCAUGCAGCCCACGACAGCCACGUGAGGCGGACCCAUGCGAAAGACCAGUCUUGUAUAUGCUCUGUUUGCGGAAAAGGAUUCUCACAAACCUAUGAACUCAAAUUUCAUAUGAACUCACAUGUUGGAAAAUAGCACUCUGAAAGUUGCAAUGAACAGUCAGCCAUGUCAUAAACAUAUUGUGUUGAGGUGGCAUUCCUUGACAAUGUUCCAAACUGCGCCUCCAGCACCUUACAUGUUCAUGUUUUCAUCAUAUGAGGAAAGAUGUUAUCGGCUGAAAAUAUCAUAACGAUAACGUUAAGGACUGUAUAAUAUAUCGAGGAACUUAUUUAUCUGCUAUUGUUGUUGAUUGAAUCCUACGCACGAACUAGUGUAUAACAUGUAUGUAUAAAUUGUUUAUGCAAACCAA